AUGUCAAGUACUUUAGAAAAAGUUAGAGAUCAUUUAAAAAGUGAAGGUGAAUAUUUCUUUUUAGAUUCUUCAAACAAUAAAACAACUGAUAUAUUAGAGGCAACUUUAUUAAAGUUUCCAAACAAUUCUACUAAUGGCUUAGAAGAAACGUAUCAAUUAAAUGAUGAAACUGAGUUUAUGGUCAAUUCUAAAAAGGUUCCAUUAAGAGUAAUUCUUCAUUGCUGGAUUAAUAAGGAUUCAAAUUCAGCAGAAUAUUUAGAAGACUGUAAAGCCAAGAAUUUAAUCAAUGUUUCAUUUUUAUUUAGAAAUGAUUUAAUCAAUUGGCUAUCUGGCAAAUCUGAAACCUCCGCUUAUAUUCAAAAAAUCAAUGAUUCAAAUACAAAUAUAAAUGAAAAUGCAACUGUUUUGAGUGAAGACGUAAAUGAUAAUAUCAAUUCUCCUAGUACACUUACUGCUACAACCUCGAUAGAUAUGAAAACAACACCAACUAAUGCACCUUUAGAUACAAAAUUAAAACGUACACUUGAGCAUGAAAGAAUAUUAUUGGAUCAUAAUAAGGAAUUACGUGGUUCCAAACCAAUUGAUUUUGGUUACUUAAUUAAGGAUGCUGAGUUAAAACUAGUUCAUUCAAUCAAGUCCUCGCUUAAAAAUAAGAAAUAUCCAGGUAGAGAUUCUAGUGGUAUAUCAAAACAUAAACAAAAUGCCCAUAAUAAAAACAUACGCAUGAAAGAUCCAAUUAUUUUGAUACCCUCUGCUGCUUCUUCAUUAUUUACAUUGUCUAAUAUCAAACAGUUUUUAAUUGAUGAAAAAUAUAUUAACCCAAGAGAUAUAGCUUCAAAUCACUCAGAACUUGUCACAGUGGAGAAGAAAUUCGACAGUUUAGCUAAGCCAGCUAGAUUUUUAAUUGUAAAUAAUACUAGAAUGUUUACAAAACCUGAAUACUGGGAAAGGGUAGUAGCUGUAUUCACUACAGGUCACAUAUGGCAAUUUAAUAAUUAUCAAUGGAAUACCCCACAAGAAUUAUUUCAACAUUGUAAAGGUUAUUAUUUCUACUUCAACAGUGAUACUGUACCACAGCAUGUCCAACAGUGGAAUGUUUCAAGGGUGGAAUUGGAUAAGAAUAAGAGGUAUAAAGAUAUGGAAGUCGUACGUAACUUCUGGCUAGAGUUGGAAAAAGAAUUAACGAGUAGAGGCUACCAUUAA